ACUAAGUUGAGUUCUCUUACCUAAAGAAUCCUCUUUUUAAGUUCAAAUUUAAAUUGAUCAUCUUCAACAAACAAAACUGGAACACACCAGUUCGGCCAGUUGCAAGAAGCAAAGGUUUUGUUUUGUGGACUAAUCAAAUGUAUAAGAGCUUUGCUUCUUUAGCUUGAAAGAGGAGAAGAAGAAAACAUGCAUAAAAGUUGCUCGCUACAAUGCAAAAUCUCAACUUAAGAGGCCUUCUGUUGGGGUGCACAAAAUCCAUACACCCUCGUCUCAACGAUUCUCUCUCGAGGACGUCAAGCAACAACGCCUUAUUCAGUUUACUGCUGCUUCUUCUCCCAAAUUCUUCUUCUUCUUCUUCUUCCUCUGUGUUGUCUAAUAAUGGCAGGUUUUCUGCCUCGAAACGGCGUGGUUUCUGUGGCUAUGCUGCGGAACAGUUCUCAGACGAUGAGUAUGAGUGUGAUUUUGAGAAUCAUACGGCUUCAUCUUCUGUGGCCAACAUAGAUGAGUGGAAGUGGAAACUCAGUAUGCUGUUGCGCAAUGAAACUGAACAGGAGAUUGUAUCUAGAGAUAAACGAGAUAGGAGAGAUUAUGAGCAGAUCUCUAACCUUGCCAGGAGGAUGGGACUUUACAGUGAAAUCUAUGGAAGAGUAGUUGUUGCAAGCAAGGUUCCUCUUCCUAAUUAUAGACCAGAUUUGGAUGAUAAGAGGCCACAGAGGGAGGUUGUUAUCCCAUUGAAUACCAAAUCCCUAAGCCUUAUCCGAACCGGUGCACCAUGA